AUGGGAAAGAAAAUAUUUCUUGUGGUUCUGUGCUUGGCCACUGUUCUUGAUCUUCACUUAGCAAAUGCAGAAGUUCCUGCUGUUUUCAUAUUAGGAGAUUCAACAGCUGAUACUGGUACCAACAAUUUCUUGCCUGAUAGUAAAGACAGGGCUGAUUUUCCUCCUUAUGGCAUUGAUUUUCCUCACUCUAGGCCUACUGGAAGGUUCAGUAAUGGCCUUAAUAGUGCUGAUUUUCUUGCUGAGCUAAUGGGAUUCAAGAGAAGUCCAUUGCCCUUCUUCUAUCUGGUGAACAACACAAAAUUCAUCAAGAGGCCUAGCUUCAGAGGAGCAAACUUUGCUUCUGCUGGGUCUGGCAUUCUUAACAUAACUGGACAAACAAAGAAUGGCCUGAAGAAUGUUGUCCCAUUGGAAGAGCAAAUAGGGCAAUUUUCUUCAAUCUACAGUGAACUUGUAGCUAUUAAGGGUCAAGCUUCUGCUGAAGUUUUUCUCUCCAAGUCUUUGUUCUUCAUCAGCGUCGGUAGCAAUGAUAUUUUUGCUUAUUACCUUUCAAGAAGUACUGUUCCAAAACAAGAGUUCAUAGCUACAUUAGGAUUUAUAUACGACAGCUAUUUAAGGACCUUAUAUAAACUAGGAGCAAGGAAGUUUGGCAUUAUAAGUGUUCCACCAAUUGGGUGUUGUCCAGCUCUAAGGAUUCAAAACACUACAGGAGGUUGUUUAGAGGACUUGAAUAAUCUUGCUCUAGAAUUUCACUCGAUGAUCAAUACCCAAUUGAUCAAGCUCAGCACAGAUUAUUCAGACAUGAAGUAUUCCCUUGGAAAUGCAUAUGAGAUGACUAUAAAUGUGUUGGACAACCCUUGUCCAUUCGGAUUUAAGAAUGUGUCAAAUCCAUGUUGUGGAGAUGAAAGGACACCCUGCGGUCCAAAUGCUACCUUUUGUUCGAAUCGCCGCGAAUACUUGUUCUGGGAUUCAGUCCACCCUACACAGGCUGCUGCAGGACUGGCAGCUAGAACCCUGUAUGGUGGCGAACUACGAUUCGUCAGUCCCAUUAACUUCAAACAGUUGGCUGACGCUUAA